AUGUUCAAGGGUUUUCUGCAGAAUGGUCAGUGGUUGCCGCGCCUCGUGCGGCGUGCGGGAAAGCUUUGCACGGCAAAGAAGCGGCAGCAGCACGGGAGCUUCGCCGGUGCUUCGCAUGUGACCGUCCGGGUAGCCGCGACAGGUGCUCGGUAAGUUGGCAGCAUGUGGAGGACUCGCAAACAUGGGCGGGGCCGGGCGAGUGGUCUGCGAGUAUUGGGUCAGCCUAGCGUCAUGAUCGCGAUCUUCAACAGGGAACCCUCUCCAGGUGGGAGAGUGCUCUGUUCCCGGACCGACUGCGUAGUUGACUUGUUCAAGAGGGAGAAGAAGAAGGAGCUUUGUACAAAUGGUGGUUGAACAGCGGUCGCCGAUGGGCCGGUAUCCUUCGACGGGAUCUCAGGUAUGAUGCCGCAGAUACACCACCUAUGUCUACAGCAGUGUAUGGUAAGGAUGCAAGAGAACGCACGGGGGUGUCAGCAUUUAUCAUAGCGUGAUUUCUCACAACCAGGAGGGUGCCACUGCCGAAAAGGGUAGUUUUGGAUGUAUCACGUUGAGGGCUUUCUUGAGAGGUAUCGGUUGGUGCUCGCACCCUCAUUGUCGUGAAGCAAUAGCGGUUAUAAAAAUGUGCGUUCUCUCGCAUCCUUACGGUAGGUCACUCAUUUGUAUCAUAUGCAUGGCUCUGGGCGAAUUCUAGACCGCGCGAAGACGCCAUUCGUAGAAACAACCCUAUUUCUUGUUUGAUUUAUGUGUUAUGC